CGUGUGUGAGGUUCCAUUUGACCAAUCCCGUCGGUUAGACUUUGUACUUCGUUCGAAACGCACGUGCGGUAGAGAAAAGCGGCUCGGUAUAGCGCGGAGCCGAGUAGUGUGCCGCCCCGUGAAAAAGUUGGUCGUCGAUCGUGCCCGUGCUCUCUUUCUCUCUCUCUCACUCUUUUUUUCUCUUUUUCUCUCUCUCUCUUUUUCGAAAUUUAUCAGAAAGAAAAAAAGUUCGUGGCGCGAUCCCGGUACCGUGAUUUUCGUGAGAAAAUAAUCAUUCGUAUUACGUUGAAAAAAAUCGCUUGAACUAAAGCAACUCGAGGGAAUUUGUCGACGAGGAAUGGCACUGGGCGCUCAGAUCAAGGCAUCCGGGGAAAACGGGAGCGUGAAAAUACCCUUGCUGAACGGCACCGAGGAUCGAAACGCGACCGAAGUUAAGCAGAACGGCGAAGAAAGCGGUAGCACGAGUACGAUCGCAGAAAAUGUUGUAGAAAAGGGCGAGGUUGAAGCUACAAAGGAAGGGGAGAAGGAAAAAGAUAAAAAGGAUGAAAAGCUUGAUAAGGAACAAGACAAGGAUAAAGAGAAAGAUGCGGUCAACGAGCAAGAAGUUGUUUAUAUCCAAGAUAUGGGAUUUACUGUUAAAAUCGUUAGCCCUGGCGCCGAGCCAUUCGAUAUUCAGGUUUCCAGCAUGGAAUUGGUACAGGAAAUUCACCAACUACUUAUGGAUCGCGAGGACACUUGCCAUCGUACCUGUUUCUCCCUUCAACUCGACGGAAAUACACUGGAUAACUUUGCCGAGUUGAAAAAUAUCGAGGGCCUAAAAGAAGGUUCUGUUAUUAGGGUCGUCGAAGAACCCUACACAAUGCGGGAAGCUCGUAUACACGUGCGACACGUUCGAGACUUAUUGAAAUCCGUAGAUCCUACAGACGCUUAUAACGGCGUUGAAUGUAGUAGUUUAUCGUUCCUAAAUGUUGUUACCAAUGGCGAUAUUCUAGAGAAAAAGAAAACACGAGCGGAUUCGGUCGAUUGUACUCCGCCGGAUUACAUUAUACCUGGUUGUAAAGAUAGGCCUUUAUUGCCUUUGCAACCUCAAGCUAAAGAACAAAAAUGUCCGCCGUGCCUAAAAGUGUUAACAACGUCUGGGUGGAAUCCACCACCAGGUCACAGAAAAUUACAUGGUGAUCUCUUAUACUUACACGUUAUAACUCUGGAAGAUAAGCAGUAUUAUUUAACGGCCUGCGCUAGGGGUUUCUUUGUUAAUCAAUCAACAAAGGAGAUAUUUAAUCCAAAACCAGCAACGCCGAGUCAUCUGUGCCAUAGCUUGAUCGAGUUGUUGAACCAAUUGAGUCCAGCUUUCAAGAGAGGCUUCGCUGCCAUGCAGAGACGGAGAACGCAAAGACAUCCUUUCGAAAGAGUUGCGACACCCUAUCAACUGUAUGCAUGGAGUGCUCCACAAACCGAGCACACUAUUGACGCUAUACGUGCUGAAGACACUUUCUCAUCAAAAUUAGGCUACGAAGAACAUAUCCCAGGACAAACACGAGAUUGGAACGAAGAAUUGCAAACUACCAGGGAAUUACCUCGCAAAAAUUUACCUGAGAGAUUAUUAAGAGAACGUGCUAUUUUCAAGGUUCACAGUGAUUUUGUCGCUGCAGCGACUCGAGGAGCGGUCGCUGUAAUCGAUGGCAAUGUCAUGGCCAUAAAUCCGGGCGAGGAAGCAAAGAUGCAAAUGUUUAUUUGGAACAAUAUUUUUUUCUCUUUAGGCUUUGAUGUACGAGAUCAUUAUAAGGAACUAGGUGGUGAUGCUGCUGCUUUCGUUGCUCCUCGUAAUGAUUUGCAAGGCGUUAGAGUUUAUGCUGCUGUUGAUUUACUUGGACUCUAUACUCUUGGCACAGUUGUUAUUGAUUAUAGAGGUUACCGUGUUACUGCUCAAUCUAUUAUCCCAGGAAUCUUAGAACGUGAACAAGAACAAUCUGUUAUAUAUGGUUCUAUAGAUUUUGGGAAAAACGUUCUUACACAUCCGAAAUAUAUUGAAUUGUUAAACAAAGCUGGACAACAAUUAAAAAUAUUGCCUCAUAAAGUAAUUAACGAUGCUGGAGAAGAAGUUGAACUUUGUAGUAGUGUGGAAUGUAAGGGUAUCAUUGGAAAUGAUUCUCGACAUUAUGUUUUAGAUUUACUCAGGACUUUUCCGCCCGAUGUUAAUUUCUUAAAAUUGGAAGGCGUUGAAUUAAGUAAAGAAGCAAGGGCAUUAGGCUUUCCUAUUGAACAUAAACACAAAUUGGCUUGUCUUCGCCAAGAAUUAAUCGAUUCUUUCGUGGAAGCUAGAUAUGUUCAAUUUAUCAAGCAUGCUGCUGUUCAUCUUCAACAACUUACGUCCGCUCGAAAGUCACAGAAAGAAAAAGAAUCAUCGUCAAAGGAAAAUAAAAAAGAAGAAGCAAAUGCCGUGGCAGUUGACAGUAAUAAAGAAGUUUCGGCACAGUCUUUAAUCGAGGCUGAUGAAGCUAAAAAAAUUGUUGAGAGUAUUACUGAUUCUAUAACAGGAGGUGAAAAGCAAGAAUUGGAAGAAAGUACUAAAGAAAUAGUUCGUAGAGCUGCAGCAGCUGUUGGAAGUUUACGAGACGCGGAAUUUGAUGUAAGAUUUAAUCCGGAUGUUUUCUCGCCUGGAGUUCGUCAUCCAGAUCCAAAUGAUGUUGCAUUGAAGAAACAAAAACAAUUGGUCAAAGAUGCUGCAGAUUUUCUAUUGACCGUACAACUCCCAACUUUUAUUCGAGAAUGUUUAGAUCAUACGGCCGCUGCCAUGGAUGGUAGCACGUUGAUAGAAGCUUUACAUGGUAGAGGUAUUAACGUUCGUUAUCUUGGAAAACUAGCGGUCAUGUUAGCUGCAGUACCCCAGUUACGAUAUCUCAAUCGUAUUGCCGUUUCAGAACUUAUUUUACGUUCAGCAAAACAUAUUUUCACGUCUUAUAUGCAGGGUACAGAGUUAAUGAGUCUCUCAGCAGCUAUCAGUCAUUUCUUAAAUUGUUUGUUAUCUUCAGCACAGAUCAUACAUCCUCAACAAAAUCUUGAAGAAUUGCAAAGUAAAACAGCAAAAAGACGUAAUAAAAGAAAGGGUAGAAAUAAUGGACCACAACAAUCGGAAGUUGAAUGGGCAUCCUUGACACCAAAAUCACUUUGGCAACAAAUUAAAGCAGAUCUGAAAAGUUAUUACGAUUGGGAGACACCAACACCUGAAUCAUUGGAUGCUACGAUUGAACAUUUCCAUCUGCAAAAGAUUUCUUUGCUUCGUGGUUUUUGCAUAAAAACGGGUAUUCAGAUAUUACUUCGUGAAUAUAAUUUUGAAAAUAGAAAUAGAGCCACGUUCUUUGAGGAAGACAUCUUGAAUAUUUUCCCUGUUGUUAAACAUAUCAACCCUAGAGCUAGUGAUGCUUAUAACUUUUAUACAACUGGACAAAGCAAGAUUCAACAAGGUUAUUUGAAGGAUGGAUAUGAAUUAAUUAGCGAAGCAUUGAAUUUAUUGAACAAUGUUUAUGGAGCCAUGCAUCCUGAAAUUGCACAAUGUCUUAGAAUGCUUGCAAGGUUGAAUUAUAUAAUGGGAGAUCAUGGAGAAGCAUUAGCAACCCAACAAAAAGCUGUACUCAUGUCAGAAAGAGUGAAUGGUAUAGAUCAUCCAUAUACUAUCACGGAAUAUAUUCAUCUCGCAUUGUAUUCUUUUGCAAAUGGUCAAGUUUCCGUAUCGUUACGAUUAUUAUACAGAGCACGUUAUCUCGCAUUGUUAGUUUGUGGUGAAGAUCAUCCGGAAGUAGCUCUUCUUGAUAGUAACAUUUCUUUAAUAUUACAUGCCGUUGGGGAGUAUGAAUUAUCACUUAGAUUUUUGGAACAUGCUCUGGAUUUAAAUCUUCGUUAUCAUGGUCCGCGUUCUUUGAAAGUAGCAGUAUCCUAUCAUCUUGUUGCAAGGACCCAAUCAUGUAUGGGUGAUUUCCGUGCAGCCUUAAACAAUGAAAAGGAAACUUAUGCGAUUUAUAAACAACAAUUGGGCGAAGAUCAUGAAAAAACAAAAGAAAGUAGUGACUGUCUGAGACAUCUUACGCAACAAGCUGUAGUAUUACAAAAGAAGAUGAAUGAAAUUUACACGGGAAAGUCAGGAGUCACAUUGCCGCCUAUUCAAGUGCAACCACCUAGUAUGGGUUCGGUUCUUGACAUGUUAAAUGUGAUAAAUGGUAUUCUUUUUGUACAAAUUAGUCAGCAGGAUAUUGAAAAUUUCAAAGCGGAAAUUGAAAAGCGACAGAAAGAACAAUCGCCGGAUAACGAAAGCAAAGCGAUCGAAACUACUGAAAGCAAAAAGAACGAGAAGGAAAAUCGAAAAAUUGAACAAAAGUCAGAAGGGAAAAAGCUAGAAGAGACUAAAGCAACAUUAGAACCGGUCAUGGCAGAAAGCUGAACUUUUUGUAUGCGUACAGAUAUAGAAAGAGUUAGUAGUAUCAUUUUCAAAUCCUAGUCUCUCUCAUCAUGCCCGCGUUUGUCCUUUCGAAAGGUAACGCUUAUACGAACACAUAUACGAUUGGAAUAAAAUCGGAGUGGGGCAGUGUCUUUGUAAUAGGAUUGUCAAAUAGUGCAUUAUAUUUGUUUAUAGUGCUAUAAUGUUGGAACUUUUGCAGUGCAGUGUUUCAAAGUCGUAAUCAAUAUGUGGGAAGGAGCGCAUUUGCAAAAAAAAGAAAAAAAAAAAAAGAAAAAGAAAAAAAAAAGAAAAAGGAAAAAAAAAAGAAAAAAAAAAAACAUGUACUUUCAUCAGAUCUGUGACGUUCGCUCUUUAAAAUGUUGCGGAUUUUACUUGGCCCUUCUAUAUCAUAAUCAGAUACAAUAAACAAAUUCAAUUGUUGUUCAAUGUAAAUAACGUUCAAAGAGAUCUUAUCUCUUACAAGAAGAAAAUUUACCAGCGUGGUAAAUUCAUUUGACCAGAUACAAAAGAAGGUCUACGUGUAAUUGAAAAAAUUCAUUAAAAUCGAAGAACAAGAAGUUUUCAUAAUUGCAAAGCAUUUUUCUAAGGCCUUGAAUAUUUAUACUUUCAUCAUGGCAAAACUAUAUCGUAACAUAUACACGCGCGCGCGCACGAACAUGUACUCACACAUAGAUACGUCAACUUUUGAUUAUUUGUUGAUUUAUUUUGUCUUACUUUUAAUGUUCUUUAGUAAUUGUUUGUGAGAGGAGAUUUAACGGAAAUGUUAAGACAGUGUUCGUUGUAUUUUAUUUUAUUUUUUUUUCUUUUUUUUUUUUUAAUGAACUAUGAAUAUUCAUUGACACGUUAUUAACAUUUAAGUUAUUUGUUUUCUCUUUUUUUAUAGUUAUACAUAGUAUACUUCAUUAGUAUAUUUUGAAAAAGUGAUCAUUUUGUGUCAUAAAAAUACACUUAUAUUGUUUUUCAUUCUUGUUACCAAUGAUAGAGAAAUGUAUAAUGCCAUUUUUACAUUCGUAUAUCAUGAAAUUGUACUUUUCAUUAGUUAGAUUUCAUUAAAUUCGCGUUAAAGGGCUUCCUGAUCAUUAUUUUUUAAAUUCAUUUACUUCUGUGCAAAUAUUGAACAUUAUAAAUAAUGCAUUUGCCUUUUAAUAUGCAUAGGAUAAACAAUAACGAGGAAUGUGACAUAAUGGCACCUACAUUAUUACAUUUGUAAUCAUCUACAUACAGAUGCAACUCAUUAGUCAAAUUACUGCUAGAGUAGCAUUAGUUUAAUAUAAUCAUUAAUUAUACCAUAAGUAAUGCUAAGAUAUCAGUGAUUAUUACAAAGGUGUUAAUAUUUUUUUUUCUCUAUUACAUGAAUCACAAAUUUAUCAUUUAAAAAAAAUAUAUAUAUCAUAUUUCAGCUUUAUUUUUAGAAAUCAUUAUGAUUGAAACAAACUAGCUUCAAAAUAUUAGAAGUUACCAUGAAAAACAAAACAGACUGUUUUAUUGCAAUAUAAAUAGUAAAUAAAAAUAGUAUUUAGAUGCAUAAAGAAUCAUGUCUAUUAACAGUAGUGAAAGAUCUGAAUUAGCGAUUUAUUAUCAUGCCAUAUAUAAUUUUAAAACAGAUUCAUACACUUUAUCCCCUACAAAAUGUAUAACACUGAUUAAACUGAAUUGUACGAUAAAGAAACUUUAGUCUAUAAGUAUUUGAUUAUAAAUAAAGUUAAAUACUUAAUUUAGACAUACCUUUUGUAUAUGUUGAUAAAAUUAUUGUGUGAAA